AUGGCACUCCGGUAUAUAGGCCAGAAACUCGCACAGCAGAUCGACGAGGAGCUCAUGUCGGCAUCGGGUGCCUUCUCAAUCGACCAGCUCAUGGAGCUGGCGGGCUUGAGCUGCGCCCAGGCGCUCGCAAAGUCGUUCUCUGUCCAAACCCACAAACGGCGGGGAUGGACUGGUUGCUGCGCGACACCUGCACCACUUCUCCUACACCCCGACGAUCUACUACCCCAAACCGGGGAACAAGGACCUGUACCAACGCCUCCUAACUCAGGCGCACGUAGUUCUGGACGCCAUCUUCGCGAUCUCGCAAAGAGGCACCAACUUAACCUCCCGGCAUAUCCUGGGGUUGACCAGGUCGUCGAGCUCCCGCCGCCUGGCAAGCUGUAG